AUGCCCCAGCUGGCCUCCUUCCCUCAGCCCGCUACUGGCUCUGCUCCUACUGCUGCCACUCGUGACCUGGGUGCUGGUCCUGGUGCCUCUGCUGCUGGUGCUGCUAGUAACCGGGUUACUCAUGCUGCCGCUGCUGGCGCCAGCGCUAGUGCUGGGAGCAUCAGGUGGACAGCCUCUCACUCGUCGGCAUCACAUCACACCACACACUCGCACCCCGCCCUUGUCAAUCCUCAUGCAUUCUUUCUUUCUUCCCCCCCUUCUUCCUCCCUUUUCCCCCCAGAGUACGCACGGGACUUUGAUCAGCAUCAAGCGGACGGUCUCUCGCUCGUCGGCAUCACACACUCCCACCCGGCCCUCGCUCGCAUGCGAUUGGCCGAUUGA